AUGACUGUGGCUAUCACUCCUAAUCACAACAUUGCUGCCAUUAUCUCGUCUUUCUUCUAUGCAAUUUGGAAUCUCUUUUCUGGAUUUAUCGUCCCACGUCCGAGGAUCCCUAUCUGGUGGAGAUGGUAUUACUGGGCAACUCCGGUCGCUUAUACCUUGUAUGGUUUAAUAGUAUCACAAUUUGGAGAGAUUCAGGAUGUGAUGGACACUGGUGAUACAGUAGAACAAUUCUUCAAAGAUUACUUUGGGUUCGAAUACAGUUUUCUUGGAGUCAUUGCUGGAAUAAUUCUUGCUUUCAACGUCCUUUUUGCCUUCAUCUUUGCCUAUUCUAUCAUGGCAUUCAACUUCCAAAGGAGAUAA